AUGCUCGUGGUGGUUCAACACUCAGGCGAGUUCGUGCCGGAGCUUCAUCUCGGAUCCGUGGCAGUCGACGCGUUCUUCAUCUUGUCGUCGUUCCUGCUGACGUGGCUGUUCAUGAAGAAGAGCAUGAAGCUACUGGCUCAAGGUGCCGGCGUUCGUGCGUGGACCUUUACACUGGCUGACUACUUCCAGAAGCGGUUCUUCCGCGUCUACCCGCUGUUCGCCAUCACGGCGUUCGUACUGUGGCGGUUGCCGCCUGAAGACCAGCAACGCUACAUUAUCGUUGGCAACCCGAGCGAGGUGAGCCUGCUCAAGAUGCUCACGUUCGACUUCCCUCAGCGCUACUUCGUGUUCUGGACGGUGUCCAUCGCAGCUGGCGGCUCAACGCAUCUCUCGAUUUCUUGCUGCUCGAGAGAAGAGCGGUUCGGGUGGCCUGGUGAGAUUCACGAGGAGAAGAUCAGCAUGAGAGCUACCGCUGAGAUGAAGUAG